AUGGCCGAAGAAGAAGAAGUUGUCAUAGCACCCACGGGCACAUAUAAGAUUAACGGCUCGGCGCGUGCGGAUGAGCAGGUAGUCAAGGCUUGGGGUGGGUUCAAGCACAUCUUCACAUGGAGUGAUGGACCAAACGCACACUAUCCACCACAUUCGCAUUCAGGACUUACUACCCAUUUGAUUCGUCGUGGUGAGCUUACUAUCGCCUAUCCUGACGAAGACCCAAAACGCGAGAACAAACAAACAUAUGGGGUUGGAGCCCGGCUCGAUGUUCCAGCAGGGAAGCUACACGAGGUGUGGAUGGGUAGUGAUGGUUGUCAGUACGUGAUUGGGGAGUAA